AUGGCGAAUGAUUCAGACAUGAGUGGAUGGUCGGAUCUUCUGCAUUCCUCUUCGAAGCUUCUCGAACAAGCCACUCCUUCUGCUCAGUUCCCUCCUCUCCAGAGGAAUUUGGAUCAAUUGGAGUCCUUGUCAAAGAAGCUUAAGGCAAAAACUCUACGAACUGAAGCUCCAUCUCAAUCUAUUGCGGCUACUAGGCUUUUAGCUCGAGAGGGAAUAAAUGCGGAACAACUUGCACGUGAUCUUAAGUCCUUUGAAUUGAAGACAACAUAUGAAGACGUUUUUCCUGCUGAGGCAACAACUGUUGAAGAGUAUCUGCAGCAGGUCCAUGAAAUGGCAAUGAUCUCAGCUGUUCAGGAAGCCCAGAAGGACAACCUCAGAAGUUUUGAUGAUUAUAUGAUGUCCGUUUUAGAGGAAGAUUGGCAAAAGGAAAAACGGGACUUUCUUCAGAGCCUAUGCCGAAUAUCAACAUUACCUCGAACAAAUAUCAGUGAAUUGAGCAGUGGGAUUAUUCGCCAAGGCCAAAUAGUUCCAACAACUUCUAGUCCUCAGGUUUCAUUUGGUCCAUCUGGCAUGGAGCUUGCACCUUUGGCUAAUAAAUCCAUUCUUGAGAGCAAAGCUGCAGCAUAUGCUGAAGUUGUGAAGAAUCUUAACAGUGCAAGAGAGCGUGGGUUACCCUUUAAACCUGCUUCAGCUUUCAAGCAUGCAUACGAAGGUCUGAACAUUGACACAUCUGGUGCAAAAUCUGUUAGCAUGCAGAAGAUGUGGCAUCUUAUUUUGACAUUAAUGGGCGAGGAUUCAAAUGCUCAAUGGAAUGUUCCCAAGAAAAUGUCUUUAGUGAUGGGAGCAAGGCGUCACCUUGAAUGGGGACAUGAAAAAUACUUGAUGGAUACGAUUCAGGGUCAUCAUGCACAGGCUGCUCUUGGUGGGGCUGUUGGAAAUUUGCAAAGAAUCCGUGCCUUCCUUCGGAUUCGUUUAAGGGAUUAUGGUGUUCUUGACUUCGAUGCAGGUGAUGCCCGUCGACAGCCUCCUGUCGAUACCACUUGGCAACAGAUAUACUUUUGCCUGAGAACUGGGUAUCAUAGUGAUGCAAGAGAGGUUUCACGGACAUCUCGUGUGUCACUGCAAUUUGCUCCUCUGCUCAAUGAGUGGAUAACUACUGGAGGUAUGGUAUCAGUAGAAACCGCAGCUGCCGCUUCUGAAGAAUGUGACAAAAUGUUAAGGAUGGGUGACCGAGUAGGUCGAGCUUCAUAUGACAAGAAAAAGUUACUCCUAUAUGCCAUAAUAUCUGGUUCUCGCCGACACAUAGACCGGAUACUUAGAGAACUGCCUACUAUCUUUAAUACCAUAGAGGAUUUCUUGUGGUUUAAAUUGUCAGCUAUACGCGACUGCUCUAGUGGAUCGUCUUCUUCCCUAGUCCUAAAUGAUGGAAUAUCACCUUACAGCUUGGAUGAUUUGCAGGCUUACUUAAACAAGUUUGAGCCAUCGUAUUAUACAAAGAACGGAAAGGACCCUCUGGUGUAUCCAUAUAUUUUGCUUUUAAGCAUUCAGCUGCUUCCGGCAGUUCUCUAUCUGUCCAAAGAUAUGGGAGGUGAAGCAUAUAACAUUGAUGGUGUCCAUAUGGCAAUUGUGUUUGCAGACCACGGGAUCCUUUCUGAAGGCUCUGGUUCAGGGCAAAAACUAGGGGUGAUGGAUGCUUCUGCAGAGGCAUCUAGUAUAAUUAGACAGUAUGGAACUGUCUAUCUGCGCUCUGAUGACCUGUCAAUGGCACUUGAAUAUUAUGUACAAGCUGCUGCAGCAGUGGGUGGUGGGCAAUUAUCAUGGAUGGGUAGAGGCAGUGUUGAUCAGCAAAGGCAGAGGAUCUUGAUGUUAAAACAACUCUUCGCGGAGCUUCUGUUACAUGAUGGUGGUAUUGAUCUCUUACUUGGCCCAAGAGGUGCUGGAGAAGGUCAUUUGGGAAGAUUUUUGACUGAUUGGAACACAAGACAGCAGUUUCUGCUUGAAGCUGCUCGGCACUGUCAAGAUGUCGGCUUGUAUGACAAAUCCAUAGAAAUUCAGAAAAGAAUCGGUGCAUUUUCUGCUGCUUUGGAUACAAUAAACAAGUGCCUCGCUGAAGCCAUUUGUUCACUGUCACGUGGUAGAUUGGAUGGUGAAAGCCGGAUUACUGGGCUUAUUCACUCUGGAAACGAGAUUUUGGAGACUUUCAAAUAUUACCCCGAAAUAAGUCCUCAAGAGAGAGCAAAUGUUAUGGAGCAACAAAUUGUGCUUAGACAGCUCGAGGCCAUCUUAUCUAUCCAUAAGCUGGCGAAUACAGGAAAUCAAUUAGAUGCGUUGAGGGAAGUCGCCAAACUCCCGUUUCUUCCUUUAGAUCCAAGGGCACCAGAUGUUUCCACUGAUAUCUUAAAUAAUUUGUCGCCAAAUGUCCAGGCUUGUGUGCCUGACCUUCUCAAAGUUGCUCUUCAUUGUCUGGACAAUGUCACUGAUACGGAUGGAUCACUUCGUGCCUUGAGGGCUAAAAUUGCCAACUUUCUCGCGAACAAUUUAAAUGCAAACUGGCCUCGUGAUUUGUACGAAAAGGUUGCUCGAAGCUUGUGA